AUGGCUGGAUCAGACUUCCUCAGCAAGCUCCCCUUGGAGAUCCUCCUCAUGAUUCUCUCCCAACUUCCGGUCCCCUCUCUGGUAGCUUUCGGCGCGACUUCGCGCGCCAACUAUGCCUACCACAUUCUCUGCAUGAGACGACUGCACCUGGCCAUCUUCCAGAAGCGGAUCCACGCCACGAUUGCCUUUCUCGAUAUCGACUCGCCGCGAGCACCAUCACGUGGUAGCCCCUUCGAGGACGACUCCGACGAGUCGGGUCACCGCGUUGCUGUCGUGCUGCCGCACCGCUCGCGCGGGAGGGAUGUCGUCGGCUGCAAGUCGCCGUUGCGAGGAGGAGUGCGGGCCUCGAGACGCAAUAGCUGUACUACAAAUACCAGCGACGAGGCCCCCCCACAGCCUGCGAGUCAAACGAUACGCGUGCAGAACGAAAUCUUUGCCAAGAUCGUCAGUCGCUACGGCGGCUCCCUUGUCGACCUGGAGUUCAUGGCCUAUGACCUCAACUCCCAGGGCGCCAUCGCGCUGGGCUCAAGCUGCGGACGCAAACUACGCCAUCUCGCAUUGCGGUUCGAACACCCUCACAUUCGGGACUGCAUGCUGGGUCGGAACUACUGGCUCCACCCUCCGCCCGGCAGCACAGCGUGGAACGCCCUGAUCGGCGUCGGCGAGAUGGGCAAGGAUAUUGGGCUCAGCAAUCUGGAGAGCCUGGUGCUGGAACGCGCCGGCAUCACGCCGUGGCAGCUGCGGAUGCUGGUCAAGAGAAACCCUAAGCUCAGAGACCUGCGACUGCGGACUUGCGCGGCCGUCCAGCCCGAGUUUCUGAACUGGCUGGGCGGGAUCGAUGUGGAUUCGGACGACGAGCCCAGCGAAAAAAGCGAUCCUGCUCCUGGAGCAUCGCUUGAGACUCUAUGGGUGGAAAAUUGUGACGGAAUUUCUUCAGAGGUGGACUUUGGCAAUAGUGAGGACGGUGACGAAAUCCGAGAUACUGGUCUGGAAUGGAUUCGAAAUCUGAAAGGACUGAAGUCUCUUUCUCUCCGUCACUGUCCCAACGUCAACUCUGAACUGGUUGAAAAGCUAAACAAGACUGUCUGGCACAUCCCGGAGGUGUUCUUGCCAUAUCCCCUUGCGGCUGAUAAUUCUGAAGGUCCUAUCGAGAUUGAUCCGGAUUAUACAUGA